GCUUAGCGACGUUAACCGCUCAUCAGCUGUUUCAACCAACUUUUGAAAACAAUGUUUUUAAAACAUCAUUUCAAAUUUUGACCACUUGCUGACCACUUGCUGAGCACAUCAACUUAGUGAUACAUUUAAGUUUGUGAUAUUGUUUUUAAUUUUAAUAUUUUCUUUGAGCACUCAUUAUGUCCUAUACUGAUUAUUCAUCAGAAACUGAUGAUGCUUCAGAUAAUGAAGUUGUUAUGGAAAGAUAUGAAGACGGUAACUAUCUGAGAAUCAACAGACGCCUGUUUAGGGCAAAUAUUCCCGAUUGGAUAUACCAAGACAGGUUAGCCAAGCUUUACGAAGAAAUAAGACAAGUGCGAGAAGGAACCCAUCCUGUAUGCGUCGCAUUAAUUGCAGAAUGUAGUAAGGAAAUGAAUGAACGUUUAAUUGCAGCAAAGGCAUAUUAUGACAAUGAGAGGGAGAAGAUAAAUAAGGAAUAUAUCCGUAGAAAAGAGGCAAUUGAGAAAGAAUUGGAAGCAGCCAAAGUUGCAGCCAAAGAAAAAAUCCGUGCUGAAUUGAUGGAGAAAAUGAAAACACUCGAAUCUGAAUACGCUGCGGCAAAAAAGUCCCUUGAAACCUAUACUACUACCAAAAAACUGCAAAAAAGCCCAAAUGAUGCUGCAUGAACACCAGAGAAAAGAAAACGAGGUUUACCACCGCAGUUGAAUCACCUCGUGGAGGAACUGAUUAACGCUUUGGAAACUUUACCACAAGCCAGCAGUAGUUCUAAAUAAGUUAGCCUAAGUAUUUACUUUAGGCUUCUUUUGAAUGUAAGUUAUCAUCUCAUGGCGAUUUUGUGAUAGAAUAUUUCUUCGUAUUAUCGAAGAAGAUUUACUUAAUUAAUAAAACAUGAUUAAUAAUUAUCUA